AUGACGUCUGCAGACACGCUCCUCCACAGGGCCGCCCAGGACGGCGCGCUUGACUCAGCAGAAUGGCCAAAGACGCUGCAGUACAUCUUGGACCGCCUGGAUCAAAUAAUCAACGACUUCCCUAAACCACCCACCAACACUCCACACCCCCAAAACGCCAUAUCGAGUCAGGAAUCCCAUGCCACUGACAAGGAGAACGCGCCGCCCGCUACCCCUCCACGCCCACCCGUUCCCGCCUUCACCGCGCCCUCAGAGUCGCCCGACGUCCCUCCAGAGACCGCUACCUUCUACGCAUCGAUACGGUCGACCCUCUCUAAGAACUUCGCCAAGCACCCGCCCCACACCGUCCAGCGACUGGCUGAACUCGUGCUCGAACCGAAGAAGAGAUACAAGUUCCUCUCGCCCUAUCUGCGCGCCCUCGACCGCGUCGUCUCUGUCUCGUCACCUCUCACCAUCUUCCCCCUCCCGCAAGCCGUCCUACCCACUACCGGCGGUCUACUCAAUGGCACAACAUCAGCCCCCUCCCAAGCCUCCACGCUUGGCUCUGAUGAAUCACUAGGCGGUGCACUCCUCACGCCAAUUCCAUGGCUGCAGAACCGCGGUCAGAGCGAGCUGAUAUCCGAAAGCACUGAGAUAGUCGAUGGUCCCAACGGUGCAGGCCGCAUCGAAACUGUGACCGUGGGCAUGCUCAGUGCAAACCCCCGCGCAGAGUCACCCUCUUCCACUCAAGUCGCCCAGAUUGCCUCGUCGCAUCCCGACGGCGAGACACUUCCUUCCACUGGUCCUGUAACACAGGGCGAGCUACUGCGUCAAGAACAAGAAGCUGGUAUUGUGCUCAACAACCCGCAUUCGAUGACCAAGGACUCCACACGGGCUGCAUUUGGCGAGUUGGAAGGUGGGGCGUCCGUGGUGGAGACUGUUGAGAAUGAAGACGAAAUCCCGCAUGCGCGAGGCCCAGAGAAGAUUGGCAUGGAGGACACAGGGCCGCAGAAAGAGGGUGCGGCACUAGACAUCGAAGGCGCAAUCGGGAGACCCAGUGUGGAGGGAACGGGUAAGGGUACAGGCCUGGCAAUUGUGGGAGACAAGGGUGAUGCCGACAUGAAGGAUGGCGACGACAAGAGUGAGACAAAAGCCGAGACGGAGAAGAAAGACGCGGGCCAAGACAAAGAGGACGUGGAGAUGAAGUCGGAUAACUAA